AUGCCUCCUUCAGCCACCUUCAAGUCUGCAGGUCCAGUCUACGUCGAACCGGUGAUGACUACAAAGCGAGCAUCAUGUGUGAUAGGGAUUGAUGUCGGUGGCACAAACACGGAUAGUGUCAUUCUGCAGAACAAUAAGGUCCUUGCGUGGCAUAAAACGCCGACGACCACGGAUAUCCAAGAAGGCGUAGAACAAGCCAUCGAGGCCGUUGUGGCGAAGGCUAAGCUACCUUCAAAUCGAGUGGAUUCGGUCAAGAUAGGCACAACACAAUUUGUCAAUGCUGUUCUUGAGCAGGAUUCGACCAAGUUGGAUAAAGUGGCUGUUGUACGAUUAUGCGGUCCAUAUUCCAGGAGCUCUUCACCAUUCGUGGACUUCCCCCCACGACUGCGGGACUUAAUGGAAGGUCAUUAUGGCUAUGUGGAUGGGGGAUUUCAAGUUGAUGGAACGCCAAUUUUGCCCGUGAACCACGAACAGUUGAAAGAACAAGCCGCAGUCAUCAAGUCGAAAUCUAUCACCAGUGUGGUGGUAAUCGGCAUAUAUUCUCCAUCAAAUCCCGCUCAAGAAGAGGAAGCCCGAAAGGUCUUGUCUUCAGAACUCGGUCCAGACUGUGAUAUCUCCUGUUCUCAUGCAAUUGGUCAGCUUGGCUUCCUUGAGCGAGAAAAUGCGAGUAUUCUGAAUGCAAGUCUUCGGAGAUUUGCGCGUCAUGUUAUUGAUGGGUUUUCGUAUGCUGUUCAAAAGUUGGGCAGAUGCAAGCUUUACAUUACUCUAAAUGAUGGCACUCUUAGCAAAGCUUCCACAGCUGCAGAGUAUCCGGUGAGAUGCUUCUCGUCAGGACCGACAAACAGUGCAAGAGGUGCUGCUUUACUUGCAAAAGCAGAAAGAGCCAGCGCUUCCGAUGAGAGAGAAGUCCUUGUAGUUGACGUUGGAGGCACAACAACCGAUAUUUGUGCUCUUCUCAAGACUGGCUAUCCGAGACAAUCAGCUGCUUUUGUCAAGAUUGCAGGUGUCAGAACCAAUUUUACCAUUCCAGAUGUCCAUAGCAUCGCUCUUGGAGGUGGCUCAAUAAUCCGCAUCAAGAGUGCUCGAACGUCGGUCGGUCCAGACUCUGUUGGAUCGAGAUUGGACAAAGAGGGCAUUGCAUUUGGUGGCCAGACACUUACAGCUACAGAUCUCGUUUUCGAGAACAAAUAUACCGAGAAUCAAGUGACCCCAGGAACAAAAGCCUCUGGCCUUGCCGAGAUUACACGGGUCUUGGAAGAAGCGAUUGAUCUUGUGAAGACCAAGCAAGGUGAUGCAAGAGUUAUUCUGGUCGGCGGUGGAAGCAUCAUCAUUGCAGAUCACAUAGCUGGAGUAGGAGAGAUCAUCCGACCACAAUAUCUCGCCGUAGCAAAUGCCGUGGGAGCUGCGAUUGCGAAAGUCAGUGGCACUGUAGACACCACAGUCGUCCCAGGAGCAAAGACUAUCGACCAAGAAAUCGAAGCCGCUAAAGCAUUGGCCACGAAGCGAUGCGUGACAGCUGGUGGCAACAAAGCGACGAUAGAGGUUGUUGAGGUGGAUGUCGUCCCUAUAUCAUACGUCACGAACGGAGCUACGAGACUCGUGGUCAGAGUCGUGGGAGAUCUUGUUGACGGGUACGAAGAGAACCAUGAUGAGCCAAGUGAGGAGGAACAAAGGUUCAAGGAUUCUAGCAAAUCUCCACGAGCUUCAAGGGAUUCAGCUACCGGAGUGCCAUCAAAAGGUUCUUCUUAUGAAGUCACAGAACAAGUCGACAUUUCAGCCUAUCGACCUCGGAUCGAAGGAGAUUUCUGGUAUCUUUCAGAACUGGACAUCCAGUUCCUUCAAGAUGGCACGGGUGUCUUGGGCGUUGGAAGCUGUGGUGAACCCUAUCCUGCAUACGUAGCAUGCUUACAGGCGCUGCGAAACGGAGAGAGCAUCACCAUCAGGAGACAAGAUACGUUUCCAGAGACUGGUGUCGUGCUUGUUGCUGGCUUCAUGGGCUCUCCAAGCGUAUAUCUGGAGCGGAUACCAGGUCUAGAUGAAGUGGCCGAUGCCAUGAAAAGCGUCAUGGAAGCAAGCGGACUCUCGACAUUCGACUGUACCAUACCCAAUGAAAUCGGAGGCAUGAACGCAUUCGAAGCACUUCUUGCCGCUCACCGUUUUGGUAAAAGUACACUAGAUACGGACUUAGUGGCGAGAGCCUAUCCCAAAAUCUGGCAGACUGUAAGAUGUUUGAAGGAUAUUCCUGUGGCUCCUGCUGCUGUGUCGAAUGGAGCUGGCAAGACAGAGAUAUUCAAGACCACUCGAGACAAUCUCGAGGCAGAAGACCUUAUGAGAGAUGCAUGCACAGAACAAGGAAACCUGUCUGGCAUGUGCGUCUCUCCCAUCUACGGCACUGAAGCCAGGACUCUACCACGCAACAGCUUCUCGCACGCAUGGACAAUAGGUCGAUCCAUCGCGCUCUCCCGCUCCCUCAAACUCGACCCCGUAACCUCGAUCCUCAAAUCCGAACACGGCGUCCUCCUCUUUACCGGCAAGAUAAUCUCCGUCACGCGCCACGUCGCCGAAGGCUUUACUCGCGGCAGCGUCCUCCUGUCCUCUAUCUCCGACACUCCCUCCUCCUCCUCAUCCACAACCUCUCUCCUCGUCGAUUUUGAAAACGAAAACCUCAGCGCAAUCCUCAAAGAAGACGGCAAAGAAGACCAACUCCUAGCCAUCUGUCCAGAUCUCAUAACAUUCCUAGACAAAGCUAACGGGGCCCCAUUGGGAAUCUCAGAUUACAAAUACGGGUUGCGGGUGAGUGUCAUCGCGUUGCGAGCACCGCCUGUCUGGGCCACGGAGCGGGGAUUGGAGAUGGGUGGUCCGCGGGCGUUUGGGCUGGAGGAGGAGUAUAGGAGUGUGAGUACGGGCGAGUUUGAGGAGGCGAAGAGCGUUUGGGAGAUUUUUGGUGGUGGUUCGUGA